CGAGAGAAAAUAUUAAUCAAUAAUUUUUAAUUAUUAUAGGUUAUUCGAAGGAACUAUAAUUUUUUCAGCGUAAUGAAGUCGCAGCGGCAGUGCAACGCGUCACGUGUUAUUCCCGGCUUGAAUUGAACAUAUCAACAUGUGUUUAUUCUUGCGUUGGCAGUGCUGUUGCAAGAUGGCUGUAAUUGAUAAAAGUUAUAACGAUUUUGAUCUUUGUUUCCCUUGAAUUAAAGAAUCUGUAAUUAAAUACGCCAACUUUUGCUAUCAUGCAAGAAGAUUGUCACGAGAAAAUCAUCAGCCAACUUAAUAAAACGCAUAUGGAGUUGAAAAUCAGACUCGAACAAGUGUCGAAACUGAGGAUUGAUUGCGCGAAGAUGCAGCUGGAAUUAUUGAAACUCUAUAAGCCGCAGUGCUUGGAGGUACUGGAAAUGCUGUUGACAAUUUCUACACCUGGAAAUUUCUCCGACGGCAUCGUCAGCGACGACGACAAUCGCGACGGAUCACUCAACAACGAGGGUAGCGAAGUGCUUCGCGCGAAUGAAGACGUAUCGAGGAAAUCUACGACGUAACACAACUGUAUAGGACGAAAUCAGAAUCCAAUUGAGAUAAAAAGUUCUUUGAAUUCAGUAUUAUAGUAUUAGAAAUUAGAGUAAAAUUACACAGAAAGGUGAGAAACGUUGUAAAGAAGUUGCAAAAUAAAAAAAAAAUUCGUGGAAUUUAAAAUAAUUAGAAGGAAUAAAAUAAUAGUUAGUAAUA